GAUUGGCAUUAUUUAAUUCAAGUUUCCCUUUUCAUUCUUCUUUUUCUUUUCAAAAAUGUCCGAUUUCCCAUCUGAAGCGUACACUGAGGCUCAACAAAAGUGGCUUGGCAGGGAUCACCUUAUCACUCCUACUAUCAAAAAGGCAUUUGGUCAUAUUUUGGUGGGAAAAGAGGUUUUGGAUGUUGGGUGUGGAAAUGGUCACUACUCCUUCGAUUUUCUUCGUUGGGGAGCCCAUAAAGUAUUUGGUGUUGACAAUUCGGAGGAGAUGAUUCAAAUCUGCAAAUCUUCCCCGGAUUUCGAAAAUUUUAACUCAAAAAUCGAUUUUCUGCUCGGUGAAGUUACAAAUUUCCAUGUGGACGGUGCCAGUUUUGAUGUGGCGACCGCGUUUUUUGUGCUCCAAUUUUUGCACAAAAACGAUGACGUGGCACUGGCAAUUCAGAAUAUUUCGCGGCAUUUGAAGUCACGUGGCACAUUUUUUGGAUUGAUUCCUAAUGGUGUUCCGGGUGUUCGGGCUCCAGAGAAUAUGGGCCUGAAAUUGGGAGCCCAGAUUCAAAAAGAGCCCGAAAGCCCGUUUGUCGAUGGGGAAGUUGUUGGAAUUAAUUUUUAUGCGAAUGGAGAAGUUUGCGGAAGCUCGAAAAUCGCUCUCCACUCCCGCGAAUUCUAUGAGCAAUGCUUCAAAGCGGCAGGAUUUUCACAAAUUGAAUGGAUUGCACCGCAUUUCACGGAUCAUGCAAAAAACUUGCUCGGCGAGCAAUUUUGCUUUCAAUUUUUGAAUCCUCCAUGUGAUAUUAUGUUCAAAUGUGUUAAAAUGUGAAAAUAAUUUUUCAUUUUCAGAAUAAACCAUUACAAUUUCAAAA